UUGGGGCGGCUGCGAGGCGCGGCUGGGCGCGCUGCCCCGCAGCACUAGCUGGGGCUGCCCGCGUCUUCCCCGGCAUGGGGACCGGGUUCCGGCCGAGACCCUGCGGGCGGCGCUGACCUGAGCAGCACCCCCUGCUCCCUUUCUCUACCCCCGCAGUCCCGCGGGGCGUAGGCCUGGCGACGGCGGCUAGCGCCCGCGGGCGGGCGGCGCGGGGCUCGGUGCUGCGGGCCGCGGGGCUCGGGACCCGGAAGCAGAAGCGGGGCCGGGAGGCGGCUGGAUGGGAAGGAGCGACGGCGGGCGGCGAUGGGGGAACAACAGAGCUCUUUGAGUGCCCCGCGGGGGGCCGCCGCCACCACCGCGCCGCCGAGCCCGGCCGGGCGCCCUUGGGAGUUCAGCCCGGACGACCCGCCUCAGCCGCGAGAGGCUGUCCCGGGCGGCGAGGCGGCCGAGCCGGGGCGAAGUGGGGAGCCGCCGCCGACCGCCCCCAGCCCUGACCGGCAAGGGGCUGAAGAGGAGGAGGAGGAGGCUGUGGCCGGGCCGGAAGAGCAGCCGGCCGCGGAGGAGCCGGCGACUCUGGCGGAGGAGGGGCCGGGGCCGGAGAGGGGCAACGGCUGCCGCCGCCCCUCCCGGCGGCAACUGUACUGCACAGUCUACUGUGUGGAGAACGACAGGCCGGCGGCGGCCCCCGUCUCCACCCGCGGCGGCACGGACAGCGACAGCCCAGGUACGGGGCAGCCCCUGGCGCGGCGCGGGGUGGCGGCAGACGGCGACCCGCUGUCGGCGGGCGGCAGCAUCGAGGUGGUGGACUUGUACCUGCUGCCCGAGCCCUUCUCCGGGCUAAUCGCGGGCGAGUUCGGGCCGCUGCUGGUGCUGAGCUGCCGUGUGUGCCUGGAGGAGAAGCCCAUCAAGCCUCUGUCGUGCUGCAAGAAGGCGGUGUGCGAGGACUGCCUAAGGAGGUACCUCAGCUCUCAGGUGCAGCUGGGACAAGCGGAUAUAAAAUGCCCAAUCACAGAAUGCAGCGAGCACCUGGAUGAAACAACUGUCCUCUAUAACCUGCCCCAUGACGACAUCAUCAAGUAUAAGUAUUUCCUGGAACUCAGCCGCAUUGACUCCAGCACCAAGCCAUGCCCUCAGUGCAAGCACUUUACAACCUUCCGGAGGAGAGGCCACAUUCCUACCCCUGCCAAAUUGGAGAACAAAUACAAAAUCCAGUGUCCGUCUUGCCAAUUUGUCUGGUGUUUCAAGUGCCACUCUCCCUGGCAUGAAGGCGUUAACUGCAAAGAAUACAAGAAGGGAGACAAGCUGUUGCGUCACUGGGCCAACGAAAUUGAACACGGGCAGAGGAAUGCCCAGAAAUGUCCAAAAUGCAAGAUCCAUAUCCAGAGAACAGAAGGGUGUGACCACAUGACCUGUUCCCAGUGUAACACUAAUUUCUGUUACCGUUGUGGGGAGAGAUACCGCCAGCUCCGGUUCUUCGGAGAUCACACGUCAAACCUCAGUAUCUUUGGAUGCAAAUACCGCUACCUCCCCGAGAGACCACAUUUAAGGAGAUUAGUGCGAGGCUCUGUCUGUGCUGGAAAACUGCUCAUUACUCCCCUAAUACUGGUUCUGGGACUGGCAUUGGGAGCCAUAGCUGUUGUAAUAGGUUUAUUUGUGUUUCCUGUCUAUUGCCUUUGUAAAAAGCAGAGGAAAAGGUCACGGACAGGUAUGCCCUGGUAAGGAUGGACCUUACUCAACUGAGCUGGUCCUUCAAGGGCUAUACACGCUUUGUGCAACAGAGCAAUACAGUGCUGGUUAACAGCAUCAGAACAACAGCCCUGGAAGAAGAAUGGGGGAUCUCCUGCUGUCUUCCCUCAGAUAAAAACACUACUGCAGACCAGAAAGCCUCUUUGUUCUGGUGCACUCCGAACAAGAUGAGCCCCCUGACUGCUGCUUUUUAAAUGUUUUGGGGUUUGGGUUUGUUUUUUGUUUUUUUGUUUGUUUGUUUGUUUGUUUUUGUUGGUUUUUUUUUUUGUUAUUACUUUGGAGGGUUUUUUUGAGCCUAAGUUUCUGAACUAGACAAUCAAAGUCUCUCUUGUAGCCACAACUUCUACCGAUUUGGCCUGUGAAGAAAGUGUUUAACUGCUAACGUGCUCCGUUUAACUUCAGUGUCAGCCUUUAAGGGGGAAAUGCUUAGAAGUGUUUGGACUCUUACUGUAUACUGAGCAUACUACUUUUGGUAUUAAAAACUACUUCUGUAAAUAACUUCCAUCACACAGCAUUCUGUUCAGCAUACCAAAACCCCGUCACAUGCCAGAGCACAACAGCUGGUUUAUCUUCCAAGUCCUAGGCAAUAGUGUAGAUUGCCACCGCCAAACUGCAGUGCCUCAGAGCAAAAUAAUCCUUAGUAUUGAAGGUCCAUUAUACUUACAAAUAUACUGAUUGGGUUCAAGUCAGUGUUUAUGGCAGUCUUAAUAUUGACUGUGAGGUGUGUGACAGAUUUGUUAGAAGAGUAUUGCAUUCUGAAAUCCUUCCAGUACAGAACAAAAUUUGAGGGAUUUAGAUAAGAGGAAGUGUCGCUGGCCUGUUCUGUCCCAGAUAUCCCUGAAACAUGUUUGCAGGGAAGGUGGAAACCUGCUCUUCUAUUCUGACUUGGCAUAUAGUACACAUGCUGCACACUAGUUGUGUGAAGAUUGACGGUGAAACUUUAUAACCUAAAUAGCAUGUUUUGUUUGUUUAAGUAGGCUACAUAAGGCUUAGAGUAUCCUUUGAUGUCUCAUGAGGAAAAUCUGUGAAUUUUGGGUAAGGGGAGUGGUCAUUAAUUCUGAGGAGACCAUUUUGUCCUUAUUCUCUGCUUCCAGUGUUUCUCUUCCUGGCACGUUACAGAUCUGAAGAGAAUAGUUAUCCUUGCUCUUUUUUCCUAACUUCAGAGUGCUGCUGUUUGCUGCCAGACCUCUUUCUCAGUGCAAAACCACAAGAGCAAUGUAAUUCAACGUUAGGAAUUGUCUACUGAGAUUUUUUUCACUUUUGGUUAAAAUCCAAAUUUAUCAUACAAAUAUAAUUUAAAAAUAGAAGAUAAAUUUAUGUAAGCAGAACACUGAAAUAAUAAAGGAAGUAUCUACUUUAAAAAUACAAGCUGGUCUUAAAGAAGAUUGGAUCUGUACUGUGAAGGUACUUUUUUUUCAGUGUGUGUGUUUGAAGUUACACGUGUAUAUAAAUAGUGAGAGGGGGAAGCAGGGAGAUGUCAAUGUCCUAAAGAAUUUACAGACUUCAGAACCUAGGUCUGCAAAUAGCGUAUCAUUUGAGAGGAUGUACUUUGCACCACUUUCUUUGAAAAUUGUUAUUAAAUCUGAAUUUAGUUGUAAUUUUUAAGCAAAUAGUAUUCGGCCCCGCCAACAUAAUACUGUUACAAGAUACUCACCUUGACUUCAAAGCCUCAGUGGAAGAAACCAAUGUAUCUUGUUUACCUGGAAACACAAAUAUCAGCUUACCGUAGCUGGCUAGUAUGCUUGUUUUCUGUCAGCUUCUGGUUUUGUUUUCUUGGGGUUUUUUUCUUGUUGAAACAGUGCAUGCAAGCACAGUCAACAAGUACUUAGUAUUUCCUUUUGAAUUUAAGGGCAUGUUGACUCUGUUGUCCUAACAGUAGAAGUAGUAUCUUUUUAAAAUGUGCAAAUUAAGCAGGAAAGCAAUGACAUUUAGAAGUAAAGUUCAAAGCAUAUUGUCAAUGCAUAUCUACUCAUUAAUUAGAUUUCUUCUUCUGUGACAUGUCAGUUUUUCUGUUUGUGUUCUGUCUGAGGUUGGAAGCUGCCUUAAAAGUCUUGGUUUGAGUGUGUUUUCUGAGGCUAUACAUAUCAGUUGUCUUUGGCUUACUCAGGGAUUUUUAAUCCUCUCUUUAAAUGUCAAAUAAUGAAGAUAUUUUUGUAUUAUUUAGAAAAACCUUCAAACCUCAGAGUGAGAUAUAUAUAGACAGAUUUGGGUUUGCAAUGCAGUAUGUAAUACGGUGUCAAACUAUUCCACAUGAGAAUACUUUCGUACUUGAGAUUAUCUGUAAUUAACUGUACAGUGGGUUAAUUUCUUUUCUUUUCUUGGUUCUUUAUAAAUAUGUGAGAUAUUCUUACAGUUUUUAUAGCUGUUUUCACUGGCUUUGUUUGCCAUUUUCAGUUUCUGAUGGGACUUCAGAAAGAUUUGAAAUUAAGAUGUGAGAAUAAAGUGCAUUAAAGGGAACAUAUUAGAUCUGCACUUAUUUAUAUUCAGAAAGCAUGUCAUUGUGGGGGGAGGAAAGGAACACUCAUCUCUGCUCCUACAUUAUCAUUUCAUCUAGGCCAUUUUUAUUUUAUCCAUACAGAUUAAAUCAAAGGGAAAUGGUUCGUCAUUUUUUACACGUAGCAAAAAGAGGCAUCUUUGACCUUGAAAGACGAGAGAGUCUAAUCUUCCUCUGUCAGUAGAAAAAAUAAUAGGAAUGACAAUAAUACUUGCUUUUGCUUUUCUGUAGAAUAGGAAAGUAUUUCAAGAGGCAGUCAGAGUAGGAAUAUGGAAGUCUUUUUCCAUUCCUAUUAAAAUAUUCCCAUUUGAAUAGUACAUAAAUACAAUUUUCCAUUAAGUAACAAAAGCAACUGAAAUAGUAGUUUAAUACAAAACUUCAUUCAAUAAAAUGCUAGCUUUUUCUCAUAUCCUGUAUCAAAUCCUACAUGCAUCAAAGGCAUGUCAUUUGUUUUACAAGAAUUAUCAGUUUGAAAGAAAUGGAAUGAAUUUAAUUGAAAGGAAAUUCAAGAACAUUUUUAUUAUGUAAGUGUGUUUGGGUUUUUUUGUAACUGUCCUCUAAAGAAACCGUCAGACUGUCCUACUCCAUCUUUAUUAGCAGAAAACUUCAUCAGGCAGCUGAAAUAACCUGCGAAGGCAGAUUUCACACUACUGUAUGCUGAUCAUCACUCAUCAUCAGGUUUGCUUUCAUCACGUUUAAUAUUUAAGAUUGUUUAUCCAUAUGCAAAGUUGUUGCUCACUGAUAUCUGUAUUUGAACUAGGAAAUGCUUAAAUCCAUUCUACCUAGCAUUCUGUUUCAAGCUUGCCUGGAAAAGGCUCUACACAUGCUCUUGAGUCUCCUUUCAUGCAUGCGGUUGGAGCUGGUGCCCUCCUUGCAGCACCAUGCCAUGUGUGUUCUGUCCUGCCUGUGCAGGAGGGGACUGCUUUCCCUUUCGUCACUAAUAGUAAUUGGUUGUAUUUAACUAAUUGGGUCAGAUUUCAGGGCUGCUCAGCCAUGUCAGUAGCAGGGUGAUUCUGACUGCUGUGGCAUCUUGGAGCAUAGUUAGGUAUAUUUGCAGAGCUUAUCCAGGAGCUUGUGACUGGAAAAUAAUUGUGCUUUUCCUCAUGUCAGCCUAUUAGACAGUGAGAAUACAAGCGAGAGGCAGAAGUGCAGUUCUGAGUAGCCUUAUGCUGUAUCUGACCCAUCUGUUCUAGAUCCAUGCGAAACAGUCUUCAUUUCUCACCACCUCUGUAAUAAAUAACAUAUUAAUAUUUUUCAAAUGUCAAUUAAACACAGUCACUUUGAGUGAUCCAUUAUCUUCCUUUGGGGCAGUGCAAAUGUGUAAAUAAGAUUUUGUAUUGCUUUAGUGUUAGUGAUGCUGACUUAGUAACUCUUCCUGGUAUGUUAGAUGCUUUUUCAUUUACAUCUGUUUAUUGGUUCUGAAAGUUUGAUCAGUGUGAAGUUUUACUUUAUUAAAAAUAUUAAUUUGCAGGGACUAUUGCCAAUUAAACAAGAAAGUGUUUGGGAUCACCAUCUGGUAUUCCUUUUAGCCAUGGGGCUUUCUGCUCUUCCAAAGACUGCCAUAGCUUGUGUGAUGUGUAGGUAGGGCAGUAAUUCUGUUAGAGCAUACAAAUUCUCCAGUGAUUGAAUGGUUUCUCUUGCCAGUUAAAUAUGAGAAAUUGUGUAAUAUUCAAUGGCCAAAUAGUUUUCCAUGCAGACUCUUUUAUUAUUAUUAAUUGGUUGUGGUGGUUUGUUUCUUGAGCAAACUUGGUAUCAUUUAUAAUUCUUGGGAUGAUUGUUGUGUAGGUCUGAGCUGUGGAUGAGAACCAUGGAUUUAUUUUUAUAGUUCAUAUUAGAGUUCAGAUUUUGCUGAUGGAAAGAAUCCUACCUGAGGAAGCUGUGGGAGAGAGAAUUUCUUGGUUUCUUUUAAUUUUGCAGCCUUAUAGUUGCCAGCGAGUCAGCUUCAUUCCUGACAUCUGUCAUAGCCCUGUUUAAACCAGGGAAGUUGUACUCUUUUUUUUUUUUUUUUUUUUUUUUAUGCUAGUGUGGAGUUUGGUCACAAACACUUCAAUAAAAAUAUCUGGAAAUGUGUUGAAGCCAUUGUGCAGCAACUUGAAAAUCUGGUUUGCUUCUGAGGAAGUGCCAAUUACUAUGGGGCUGGUCCUCUCACUCGCAGAGUGAUGCUAUUUCUAGAGAGGGCAGGGAGUAGUGAAGAAUUUCCAAAUGAGAUUCUUACUAAAGCAGAUUGUCAGGGGAAGGAGUACUAGCUUUUAAUGUCAUAGAGACCUUCUUAAUGCUUCAAGUCACUAGUAAAGUUAGAAACAACAUCCACAGACAGUGUUAAAUAACAUACCUGAAAAUUCUUUAUUCAUGUAACAGAUACUAACAUGGUGCAAGAAUUGGAAUUAUAGCUCUUCAGUAUGUUUUGGACUUAACAUAUAAACUUGAAAAAGAGGGCACAUCCAAAAAGUUACCUUGCUGAUAUAUUUGAUGGCUAAUUUUGCUACUGUUACACGAAAAAACAGCUGCACCUUGGUUCAACUGCAAAACUAGAAGUAUUUUCACUUGAGUACUACUGAAGCUAUAACACAACAUCCCCAAACUUUUUUGUUAAUAAAACUAACAAAUGCACCUUAUUGCAGUUACAUACUGUUGCUUCCUGGCUGGUUCUUCCUUAUCUCUCUGUGCAUAAGGUCUCAGGGUCUAUAUGUUCUCUCUCCAGUAAGGAAUGGAAUGUUCACAUUAGGCAAUUAAUUGCUGAUGGUCCUCUUAGGCUGACAGUGAAAUACCAUGAGGUAGGGAAAUCAAAACUGAUCUUGGAGUGCAUGCUUUGAUUUCAAAGAUAAAAAUGUGUAGCAAGCUUUAAUUAUGUAAUCCUUAAUAAAAAUAGAUAACAUAAAUUUUGAAGCAUAAUUCCAGCUGUUUAUAAAUACAUCUGUUUAAAAAACAGUAAUAGAGCAGUAAUAAUAGCAGUUAGCUUAUUUAAAAAACUCACUGUGCAGAAGAAAAUCUUUUGGAGCUUUUUUGGCCAAUCAUAACUUAAAAAAAAAAAAAAACACAAAAAAAAAAAAACAAAAAAAAAAAACAAACCAGCCUAGCCUGAAGGGUUUUGAAUGGAUCAAAGUCAGAAAAGGAAGAACUUACUGUGUCAAAAAAAAUUGAUGUUUUUAGCAUAAACAUGGAUUUUGCACAUACCUGGUGAAACACAUGCUGACCCCAUUCAGUGUUGAAAACUUGUCAUUCUGAAAACAGUAUUGUUGAAGUUUUAAUCCACUGUCGCUGAGCAUGAUGUUACUAAUACAAUGCCACAUUUACCUCAUUUUUAGAAGGAAAAUCUACUUACAGAAUCCAGACAAGCUGUUCAGAUGUUUUAAACCUGCCCUGUAAAAGUGCUGAUGCAGUCAAGAAAUAUUUCCAUGCCUUAUGCAAGUUCCGGAUAAGCAGAUGGAUUCAGUAUUUAGUCAUGGACUAUAUUUCGCAUAAAAAAAAAAGCACUCUUAAUAAGACUUCUUCAUACCAAUUUACAUUCUGCUGCUUCAUGUCCACAACUUUCAAGGGCAGGAGUAGAUCUACAUUUCACUGUGUUUACCAUCUUGUAAUAAAAUGUUUACCAUA